AUGGCGGGCUUGUCUAUGUCUUCACUUGCCAUAAGCUCUGACGAGGUUAAGGAUUUUAUUUGUUCCUCAUGCGAAGAGCAAGCAAAUGCAGAAUUUUACUGCAAAACAUGUUUGAAACUGUAUUGUGGGAAAUGUAUUCAGUUGCAUGAUAAGUGGUUUAAAAAACAUUCAGCUUAUGGAAGGAAUGACAUGAAAAAAUGGCCAGUUUCGAAAGAGGUGGAGGAAUUUCUAUUAAAGUGUGAAGCGCAUAAGGACCACAAAAUUGAAAUGUUAUGUGAUGACCACAGUCAGCUGUGUUGCACAAAGUGUGCCUUCAAUAAUCACAGCCAGUGCAGUAAAGUGACCCAGAUUUCGGAGCUGACCAACUGGCAGCCCACUGGCCUGGAGGGGUUGUCAGUGGAGCUGGAAACUGUUAUGGGGGAAAUUAAAACCCUGCAGAUCAGUCAAGAGGCCAGCAUUCAGUCAUUGCAGAGAACAUACAAGGAACAUAGGGAAGUUAUGAUAGAACAAAUGUGUGGCAAUUUAAAUACUUAUAUAGAUGAAUGUGAUAAUAAUUCUGUGGGUACAUCAGGCGGAAAUGAGCAAUAUUUAAAAGAAGAGAUGUGUAGGAGUGUUCUCUCUAUCGUGAAUGAAUUUGAUAAUAUUACUGCGAAGGAACUUAACGAGAUGAAAGAUGAAGUUAUAAGCAUAAAAGGGUCAGUUACAAGUUCCGUUCAUAAAUGCACCAGUCUUCACAGUGACUUGUUACAAUUACUUGAAAUCGUUCAGAAAAUUGGAGAUAAUAAGGAGCUCUGCCUUAUAGCCAGCAUAAAAUGUAAACAUAUCAUACAGCAGGCAUUGACUCUGCUUGGAAAGUCAGGCAAGGUGUUUAAGGUCCAGGGGAAGUCUGAGUACAAUGUGAGAAUACCAAGUGAUUCAGUUACAUGUGGUAUCUCAGGCAUAUGUGCUCUCCCAGAUGGACAGGUCCUGGUUACAGACUACAAUAAUAAGAGAGUCAAGCUUCUGAGCCAGCAGUACCAGGUGGUGAGUCACUGGGAUGUGAAUGCUUAUCCACAGGCCAUAUGUUUGAUCACACCGAGUGAGGUUGCAGUGGCUGUGAAUACUAGCUACAUACAUGAGAUCCAGUUUAUCACUGUCAACCAGGUAAAGCUUGUUCGUGGCAGGAAGUUUCAGUUACAACAUGAAUGUACAGGGAUUGUCCAUCACCAAGGAGACAUUUUUGUCACUUCUGGUAAAGAACUGUACAAAUACACGCUGAGUGGCAAACUGAUCUGCAGACUCUAUAAAACUUUUGCUUAUACUACAGGAGACAGGCUGUACAUCAUCAGCUAUGGGCAGGACAAGCUUCUCACCCUGGCCAGGUGCUGGUCUGUGGAUACUGGCCUUACACUGUACAACAGGUGA